AUGGCACAAAUGCUUGUUUUUUUUCACUCUCCUCUACUCUUGAGGCGAUUACCACAGGAUUAUCAAGCAUCAAUGAUACAAUAUCUAAAUUCUCAAAUGUUAGAACAUGUGUUGAUAUCUUCGCUUCUGGUAAAUAUAAUAGUAUUACGUCAAAAUGUUACUUCUGUCUGGCUUCAUAGCAGAACCAAAAGUCUGUUCGAAACCAGUAUGACCUCUCCUCAUGUUGCUGGUGUUAUUGCUCUGAUUAUUGCCCAGUAUGGCAAUAUGUUACCGGCUAGAAUGAAGACAAAGAUUAGAGACAUGACAACUCGAGGA